CGAAAAAUAGGUUAAGCUCAAGAUCAAGAGACGGUGUUGCCAUAUCGUUGUCACCUGCAAAAAGGGAAGGCGGCGGCUGGUUGGCGGUGUGUGUCUGUCUGUGUGUCUGUGUGUGGCUGUAGGGCGUCACCAUGAACCCUGCUGCCGUGCCCACGCCCUUGGAAGACGUGCAGGGCGACGGGAGAUGGCUGAGUAUGCACAACCGGUUUGUGAACCAGGCGCGGGAGAUGGAACCAGACGUGGUGUUCGUUGGGGACUCCAUCGUGGCGAACCUCCAGUGCACCGAAGUGUGGGAGAAGUGGUUCGCUCCAAUGCACAGCCUCAAUUUUGGCAUCGGUGGCGACCAAACACAGCAUGUCUUGUGGCGACUGAAAAACGGCGAGCUGGAAUUUAUUAAACCAAAGGCAGUAGUAGUGCACGUGGGGACCAACAACCACCAGCACACUGCGGCGGAGGUGGCUGGCGGCAUCAUGGAAAUAUGCAGGACCAUCCGGGAGAAGCAGCCACAAACUUAUAUUGUAGCCUUGACACUCCUGCCUCGAGGGGAGAAGCCGAACCGCCUCCGUGAAAAGAACAGUGAGAUAAACGCUCUCAUUAAGGAAACUCUGCGCUCCAUUGAGAUGUGUCAGGUAAUCAACGUGGACCAGGACUUGGUACUCGGGGACGGCACCAUUGACCACCGAGACAUGUUUGACUACCUGCACCUCACGUCCCAGGGCUACCGGAGGGCGUUCGAACCUGUGUACCUCUUGCUUACUAAUCUGCUUCACGAGGACGACCCACCAAUACUUAACAACGCCUCCUCUGCCCUCCUCUCCCCAUCCUCCUCACCCCUUCUCUCCCCAUCAGGUGAUAAUGCGCCCCAGACUGACACCCCUGCCACGUGCGGGGAGUAGUUUAGGGCGCUGUCUUCCCUACUAUCUCCUCCUCCUCCUCCCCCUCCUUCUCCUUCUGUGUUCUGUUUAUCGUUAUCGUCACUGGCAGCUUAAUUCCAUCUUUCUUCACUUGUGUCUUUGAUUUUUUGUAUUUUUUCUGUCGUCUUUUCAUCUGCCUUGUCUAGUAUUGAUGUCUCUCAUAGUCCUAAGCCAUUUUUUAUUUAUUUAUUAUUAUUAUUUUUUAUUUAUUUAUCUUAUUUUUAUUUUUACUUUUAUCUCCUAUUCAGUGUGAAGUUAAUCUAAAGUUUUUGUUUUUGUUUUUUUAUUUUUAUGGGCUUAUCGUCAGACUCGCAUGUCAAUGGUAUUCCCUGAUAUGCCAGUGAAAGAUGAACUGCUAGCCUGCUUACUGUGGGAAUCUGUAGAUGUUUUAGAAUUCCUACUUCACUGUUUUGUUUUGUAUUUAUUGGUCGUCUCGCUCUGGGUCGUCCUUUCCCGAGUGUGUUUGUCUCGUGUUUCUGUUUUCCUGUAACGUUCGGCCUCCUUUCAGUUCUGUCCCAGCAUUUCUGUCAAAUAUUUGUGUUUUUUUUUUGUCAUCAAUUCUGUGCGUCUCUUCAGUCUGACUCGUGCAUCUUCUCAGAAUAUCCGGUAUUUUUGUCUUGUUUUUUUUUUUUUUUUUUUUUUUUUUUUCUUUUUUUUUAUUAUUAUGUAAAAUAUGUCAGUAUCUUAUUUUUGUCUUUCAUCAACAAUUUAUGUGCAUGUUUCUCUUUUUUUCUUUUUUUUUCUCUCAUUUAUAAUUAAUGCAUCUUUUCACUUCAAUUCUGGCAUCUUUACAAAACAUUAAGUAUUCUUGUUUACCUAUUUUAAUGUAGUUUUUAUUUCAUUUUUUCUCCCCAUACACCCUCUGCUGGCCCUUAACUGCCAAGAUACCAUGUCAUUUUAGUUGCUCACUGCCAUCAGCCAACCCUGCAUUCCUCCACCAACCACUCCUUCACUCUUUUACUGUCAUUGGACUGAGAGGCAUACAGUAUUAGCCCUCUUACUUGACUCUGGCCUGGCCUGAUAUGGUCGAGUUGCUGGUGUUAGUGGUUGGCAUUGGUGGCUGUGGUGGUGCUGGUGGUGGUGGUGGUGGUGGAUGAGUGCAUUCCAAAAGAACCAAAGCUGCAGAACAGAGAGAAGUGUGUGUGGUGAUUCUGUUCUUGUGAUACUGAGAGGUGGUGAAGCUAAUCUACUGUCAUCUCAAGCUGGGGAAGCAGUGAAGGACUGUAUUCUGAAACAUUUCUGCUUGAAGCUUCAUGGAUUUUUAAGGGUGUUUUCAUGGUUCUGGGGGACAAAUUAACAAGAAUUCUACUUUAUAAAGAAGAAAUACUUUCAAGAACUCUUGAGAAAGGUGCAGAAUUCUCAUUAAACUAUCGCAACCACCAAAACUCCUUGAAAUCCUCAAUAACUUCCACUUGAGCUUUGUUAAACUACCACUAUCCUUGUUAAACUAUCUCAACACUUGAAAAUAGUCAUGGUGAGAGAGCAGAGCAUUUCAGAAUACAGGCCUUUUACUCACAGGCAAUGAGUGAAUGAGUGAGUGAGUAUGAGAGGAAAUAUAGGAAAAAGCAUGGCACUUUAUUCACCAGCCAUUUCAACUGUUACUUUCUUCACACUUAGAACAUGGCAGUGGUUGAAAUGGUAGAGAGGUAAACUGACUUUCCAUCCCUUGUUUUGUCUCGUCAUGCCAUUCCUUUCAUUUUCAAGAGGGUGGACUUUUCUACUUUAUUUUGAUCUAGGGAAUGAGUUUUGUCUGUGUUCCUCCUCCUACAUAUCUGUGAGAAUAAUGUAUUGGCCUGACUGUCUUAGGGUUCCUCAUGGUUUCCUACUAACAUGCAUUUGGUACGCCAGUCGGUAGUUGAUUUGUGAUGGCAUUGGCAUAAUAAUUUGUGUGUGUUCAUCUGUUUGUUCACUUUACUCUCACUACAGUACAUCCAUCUCUUGUUUAUUUGAAGACCAGCCAGGUAAUCAUUUAGCAGAGAGGCUGUAGGGACGCAUAGAUACAUGGCAGUCCUAUUCUGUACUUUUCAUACAAAAUUAGCAGCUUUUUGUUUGAAUAUAAUCAGCCAGGUAUCCAAGUAUAAGUUAUUCUGCUAUAGGGACACUUAGAAAAACACAUGACUGCCUCAGACUGCGCUUUUCUGUAUAAAAAUGCGCAGGAUUUUAUUUCUUCUAUGUGUGACUCUGGCCUAUUUGGGUCAGGUUACAGGGCUUGUGAUUUGGUAAUGAACUGGAAUGUUUUGUUGUGAGGGUAACGAAGGAGAGAGGAGUGUGGCUCAGACAAUAGCUUAUAAAUACUGACAGAAGGAGAGAUGAAAGCUAUGAUGCCUCUGAAAUGUUUACAGUCACGGCUUGCUGCAUCACUUAGUUUGCAUCUGUGUUAUUGCAUUCAGGACAGCAUCUACUGGGAGGCGUUUGGAGGGAGAGAGAAAGAGAUGUGUGCUGUGUGCUGUGAGGUACUGAUAUAUUCCUGCUUGUUUUGUGUAAGGCUUGAGUGGAAGCUGUGCUGUGAAGGGGAAAGUGAGGUAUUUGAGAGAUGCUGUGAGGUGGUGAAGGCUUGUGUGAUGAGAGAGGAAGAGAAUCUGCAGUGAAAUGAGAUGUUAUGAGGUGAAGAUGAGGUGAAAUUUUGCUGCAGUGUGAGGUGGAAGAGAAUCUGCAGUGAAAUGAAAUGUGAGGUGAAGAUGAGGUGAAGUUUUGCUGUGAUGAGGGGAAGAGAAUCUGCAGUGAAAUGAAAUGUUGUGAGGUGAAGAUGAGGUGAAAUUUUGCUGCAGUGCGAGGUGGAAGAGAGUGCAGUGGAAUGAAAUGUGAGGUGAAGAUGAGGUGAAAUCUCUGCUUUCGUCACCAGCAACAUGGCAAGAGUCCUUCGCUCGAUGUAGUAAUAGAUGGUUUAGCACUGUCAAACCUCCAUAGCAUUUUUACUCUUUUACUUGCAAUAUUAUGAUAUGUAUGCAUUGCACCUUAGUUAUGAUAAAGGGUCGAGUGCAACAGACCUGCUUAGCUUUGCGGAAACCCACCUGUAAAAACAUUUAGUGAAUUCAUAUCCAACUGCCUCGUUUGAAAAGUCGUUCAUUUGUGAGGCACGUUUUGUGAUGAGACCUGUGUGUGUGUGAUCUCAUGAAUUAAAAGGCAAGAAUUUAGUUUUACUGUGAGUGAUGGUGAGGAAUAAGUGAUGAUGGUGAGGCCUCUAUAUAUGUUCCCUGGGUGAAUGGUGAGCUGUCCCUUCACUGCCCCGUAUUUGUGUGAGAGAAGAAGUUAGCUUGUAUUCUUAAAAGCUUGGUUCUCUCAUCUUGACUGCUUUCAACGGACCCAGAGAUGAUUGGUUAAAUCCUCACGGUGCUUAUUUUUCUAUUACAAUACUGAUUUCAUGAAAGCUCUCUUGAAAACUUAGUUAACUCAUGAAAACUAUUUUGUAAGGCCACAGAGAUGAUGAGUCAGGUUCUCAUGAUGUUUUCCCCUUUAAAGAUACAGGAUUCUUGCCAAACUCAAAAUAGAAUAAUGAAAACACACUUGAGAUCCACAAUUGCAGCCUGUUGAACUAUCAUUGGUUUUGCUAAUUGUUACUAGAAUCAUUAAAACAUUCUUGAAACCUCCAAUAAGUUCCGUUAGGGUUUGUUAAAGGUGUAGAAUCACAUUAAUAAAAAUACCCUUGAAAUCACAAAAAAAAGGUGCAGAAUUCUCAUUAAACUAUCUCGAGAACUACCAAAACUCCUUAAAAUCCUCAAUAACUUCCACUUGAGCAUUGUUAAACUAUCACUACCCUUGUUAAACUAUCUCAACAAUCAGAACAACAACUUGAAAUUAUCAGUAACUUCCAGUAGAUCCCUGUUAAAACUAUCACUACUUUCCUUAAGCUGUGUCAGGAAUCAGAAAAAAAAUAAAUAAAUAAAAUCUCCAAUCACUUCCACCAAUGCUUGUCUUUGAGAGAGUCAAGAUGAGAUGACAUAACAUUCAGGAAUACUUGCUGUUUGUGUUCCGUCAGUGUUACAAGGAGGCCUGGUGUGUUGUGCGUCUCCUGAGGGCGGGGACGGGUGGCAAUACAGUGUUGUGUGGGCCUGGUGUAUCUCAGCUUCCUUUCCUUUGUGUUUCUGGUCAUCGCUGUGGGAACAUUUCCGUACGAUGUAAUUAUUACCAUUAUUACUAUUAUUAUUAUUAUUGCGUACUAUUACGUAUUAUUAAGUAAUUUUUUUACUCCAUUUCAUACAUACAGUAUUUUUAUUUUUACAGUCCUAGUAUUUAUUAGCACGUACAUACAUACAUACAAACACACACAAGAGAGUCUGCAACAUCGUGUUUCUGCUACAUAAUGUUAUUUUAGCUUUAAUAUUCCAGUUAGCGUAUGUUUGUGUUCACACCUCACACUGGGCGGGAGAGAGGAAGGCGGUGUGAGUGUGAGGGUGUGGGCACUGUGCUAUCUACCCUGUUGCUAAGGCUCCAGUGCACCUCUGUGUUUCAUCAAUACAUUAUUAAGUUAUUACACAA